CAGUUUAGUAGGUGGCGGUAGUGCACCAUAAGCUGGUUUGCCAACCGCCAUAAAAUUACAGAAGAAGAAGAAGAAGAAGAAGAGCAGCUGCUUUCUAUCAUGGCGCUGUCCUGUGAUUGUCAUGCUUGAGUUUUUUGUACUGGGCUGUAUUGUGCAGGUCUGUGCAUGUUUUAAACGUAAGAUAAGUUUGUUCUUAAAUGGCAUUUGAGAAAGUAAUUAAUCAAGUUCGUUUUAAUGUUGCUGGUCACUUGCUUGUUUAAUAUUUAACUUGGUAUUUAAUUCGAAGGUUAUGUGAAGCACAGAAGAAAUUGUGAUCUCAUACGCAGCAUUUGUAUUGGAAGACACCAGACACAAUUAUUAUUAUUAUUAUAAUUAUUAUUACUUUUCAUAAGGACAACACACAUUAAACAACAUUACGGUAAAUGUGCCAGUGUUAGCCAGCCGGCUAAUUUUUAACUGCAGUCCUUUGAUAAUAAGGUGUUUUACAACCAAAAAGUAAAAAAGUGUCUCGUACAACAUAUCUUCCUACAUGUAAAUUUAACAUCAGCUUUGAAAUCCUAAGUAGAUGUAGUUAUACUGUGUGGUUCUGAUAGCUGUGGUAAGAUCCAAACUUUCAAAGCGUGUCACAAUUUCUUUAUACUAUAAAGCCAUAAGCUAUGACAUUUGGACUGGGUUUUUCUUUAAUGACUCGUAAGUUUACCCAAGUCUGUGUCACAUGUUUAAAAAGACACAGUGUGGAUCAGAUUAAACCAUUUCUCUGUAAACUGAGAAGCUUUGGGACUGACCAUAAUGAUUCCAGAGGAGACAACAGUGGUUCCGAUGCACCAGUGAGAGUCUCACCGUUCUCUCAGAGAACUUUGUCUGGAAGGCGUCGACUUUUGUCCCCACUGGAAAGGGUCAGUGAGCUGCUGCCCGAACACAUUCUAAGUCAGGAGGUUUGGGAUCUCCAAGACACAAAAAACACACUGAUGAAACAUAUUAAGAGCGACACUAGAAUUAAUGUGGAACAGGACUGUCACAAUGAGGAGAUAAGGAAAGGUGAGGCACCUGCUCCUGCAGGUGUGUCUGGGGAAAGGCCAAUUUGCUUUGGAGAAACUCUUCUUGCUGAGUAUCGCCAAAAGGGCCGCUUGGAGUUUCGUAAAAUGUUUCAGCUUAAGGAGGGCCUGAAGAUCCAAAGUAACUGGGGAAUACUAGCUCAUAAAGACAUUGAGGGAAGACAUGCUGGGAGCAUCUCACGAACUUCAAUGGGAAUCCCAAUUCUCAUUCGUCGACCAACCCUGGAGGAGUUCACUCUCUUCAUGAAGAGAGGGCCAGCUAUUGCAUAUCCUAAGGAUGCCAGUGCAAUGUUGACUAUGAUGGACGUAACUGAAGGAGAUUGUGUUCUGGAAGCAGGUUCUGGAUCAGGAGCUUUGAGCCUGUUCUUGUCAAGGGCAGUGGGCUGUAAGGGAAGUGUUUUGAGUGUAGAGAUAAGGGAGGACCAUCACCGUCGUGCUGUAUUGAACUACCAGCGUUGGCGCACUGCAUGGAGUCUUCGGCGAGGGGAAGAAUGGCCUGAUAAUGUUCACUUUCACCGUGGAGACCUAUCCACUGGUUGUCUUCUGUCUGGGCGAGGUUUUCACUCGGUUGCUUUGGAUAUGAUUAAUCCACAUUUAGCAUUUCCUGCUGUGGUUCCUCUUCUCCAUCCUGGAUCUGUGUGUGCCAUUUAUCAAGCAAAUAUAACGCAGGUCGUUGAUCUAAUGGAGAGUCUACGAUACUCUGCCUUUCCAUUGGUGUGUGAACGUAUUGUUGAGGUUCAGUACAGGGAUUGGCUUGUUGCCCCCUCACUCAAAAAAGAUGGCACAUUCAACAGACGAAAAGCCUCAUGUGAAGCUAAUGAUAACUCUGAGCCAAGUAAAGAUACGGAAGAUCUAACCCCAGAUUUGGUGCCAUUUGGAGAUGUACCAUACAUUGCUCGCCCUCACCCUGAACAAACUGGCCAUACAGCCUUCCUUGUGAAAUUACGAAAGGUCUUGAAAUAGAAGCUAAGAAACAUCAGCUCCACACAUACUGUAUCCCAAAUAUUUCAUCAAUAAACUUACAAAAAAAUGACGUUUUAUAUGUUUGUCUUUUCUACUUUGAACAUUUCAAUACAAAAAGAUGUCUAGGUCAUGGCUUGCUUCUGUGUGCGUGCGUGCGUGCGUGCGUGCGUGUGUGUGUGUGUGCAUGCACAUAAACACGCAUAAUUAUUUUUUUUCUCAUUUAGUUGUUAAAGUUAUUUCAUUACCACAUGCACUUAAUAAACACAUUGCUUUAGAGGGCCUAAUAGGUCUGCUAUGAACGUUUCAUUUACAUCUAUAUCCAGGACUCCAAUAUAUCCAAUCCUGACUAACAAGCCCAUAGUCAUUGAAAAUUGAACAACAUUAAAGUAAUAUAGUAAACUAAUCAUCAAGCAAUAUAAUAAACUAAUAGUAAUGUAAUAACCAAUACAUUAAAAUACCUGUACAAAGCUUCACUUACAGAGACAAAUUCUAAAGGUCUUAAAUGAAUGAUAAAUAUACAUAACCAUUACCUUAUUCACUUUAAUGCACUAUUUAUUAGUUUAGAUGCAUUCUAUUGUCCCUCAGCCAAUGUGACUCUGAUUUAAUGAACAGAGUGAACAGGCACAAAUUAAUUUAUAUGAUGUUAGAGUAUACAGUUGAUUUACUCUUCACUAAUCCAGUCCUUGAAUGAUCGCAACAGAUUUUAUUCUUCACAUCACCUCCUGAAUGUGCUGAAGAAAAGCACUGGGAAAAAAAUAUCAGAUAACACUUGCUUGACAUGCCUGACAUUGUAAUUCCCAGGAUAUUGUACACAGAAUUUUUUUUCCAUCACUAGAGGGUAGCAUACAUAUGGAAGAAAAAUAAUGACAAACAUCUCUAAUGCAAAAAGCUUGUUGAAAAGCACUAAUUGAAAAAAUCUAUUGCAUUAACAAAUGCUUGCACUUAUAGGGUUUGCAAUAAACUUUUGUAGAAUAAGUGAGCUGUGAUAAUUUUAACAAAACAACACCGUUUUCAAAGCUGCAUUUCAUAACUUUUCAGAUAAAAAUAAACAAAAAUUGCUUUGUCGGGUUAGCCUGGCUCCGCCCUCCUACGUGCUUCCGCUUAUUUUUCAUUUCGCUUCAGCAGUACGUCUGGGAUGGCUCUAUAGAGUUUCGUUUUCUCCUUCAAAAAUCUGCAGGACCAAUCAGCGAACAGAUGGGGGUGGCUAAGAACGAUGACGUUGAGGUCGUGCGUCAGUUUGAGUUGUAGUUCAGUAAUGGCAGCGGAGAAAGACGUGAGAAAAGCUAUUCGGUCCGUUGU